GAAUUAGGCCCAGAAUUGGGAGGCAGCAGAAGUUCUAAAAGUAGGGUUUUGGAGGUCUUCUUGUUUGUUUACCUACAAAGUGAAAGAGAAGUGGUGUAGUCUGCCUCUUCGCGGCUAAGCUCUCAGCAACCAUGGGUAUCUCACGAGAUUCUAUGCACAAGAGGCGUGCCACUGGUGGCAAGAAAAAAGCUUGGAGGAAGAAGCGAAAGUAUGAACUUGGCCGCCAGCCUGCUAAUACUAAGAUCUCGGCUAACAAGACAGUCCGACGAAUUCGUGUGCGUGGUGGCAAUGUGAAGUGGAGGGCGCUAAGAUUGGAUACAGGAAAUUACUCAUGGGGUAGUGAGGCAGUCACACGCAAGACUCGUAUCCUUGAUGUGGUCUACAAUGCCUCAAACAAUGAACUUGUUCGCACACAAACUCUGGUCAAGAGUGCUAUUGUUCAAGUUGAUGCUGCACCCUUUAAACAAUGGUACCUCCAGCAUUAUGGUGUUGACAUUGGUAGGAAGAAGAAGGGGCCUGCUAAGAAGGAAACUACUGAGGAAGGAGAAGGUGCUGCUGCCGCUGCAGAGGAAACUAAGAAGAGCAACCAUGUUCUCAGGAAGAUUGAGACGCGCCAGAAGGAUCGUAAACUUGAUCCUCAUAUUGAAGAGCAAUUUGGCGGUGGUAGGCUGUUGGCCUGUAUCUCUUCCCGCCCUGGUCAAUGUGGCAGAGCAGAUGGGUACAUUUUGGAGGGAAAAGAGCUUGAGUUCUACAUGAAGAAACUACAGAAGAAGAAAGGCAAGGCUGGAGCUGGCGGUGCUGCUUAACUGUUGCGACCAGAAUUUUCAGACUAGUUUCAUUUUCUUCUCUUUUGCUGUAAUUCCAAUUUUGGGGAUAUGUGAUUUUGUAUGCAGUACCUUUUAUAUUUUAUCUUGUACUCUACCAGAGUUUAGUAUGAUGUCUUAAGACCUUGUUAAUCAUUAUCAGCUUUCCAUCACCGGUUCCAGUUUA